AUGGUCGAAAAAACUGCUCUUAUUAUUGUUGAUAUUCAAAAUGAUUUUUGUGAAGGUGGAUCUCUUGCUGUUCCUGAUUCUUUAAAAGCUAUUCAUUAGGUCAACUAAAUUAGAUAAAAUAACCAUUUUGACAUAGUUGUUGUAACUAAAGAUUAUCACCCUGCUAACCAUAUUAGUUUCGCAGCUAAUCAUCCUGGUGAAAAACCAUUCACUAAUUUAAUUUUGCCAAAUGGUAAAGUAUAGGAAUUAUGGCCUCAUCACUGCGUUUAAGGAACAACCGGAGCCGAUUUACAUAAAGAUUUAGUAACUUUACCUAGUGAUAAAAUAAUUUUAAAAGGCUAAGAUGCUAAUAUUGAUUCUUAUAGUGGCUUUGGUUCAGAAGGAGAAAACACUGGGUUAUUGUAAUAUUUAAAAGAAUAGUAAGUUUCUACUGUUUACUGCGCUGGGCUUGCUUAUGAUUUUUGUGUUGGUUCUACUGCAAUUGAUAGUGCUAAGAAUGGUUUUAAAACCUACAUAGUAGAAGACGGAACUGGUUCUAUAAGUGAAGAAACUGUUAAAAAUAUGAACAAAAGAUUUGAAGAAUUCGGAGAUAAAAUAGUUAAAAUAAAUAGUGAUUAAAUUUGA